AUGGACGUCGCACCCACAAGCUAUUUAGAUGAAUAUGGAGUAGAUAAUCUUAUUGUUCCAAUAUCUGUUAGGCCUCCAUUGAAAUGCGAAGAGGGUAGGUGUGAUUUUGUUAUCGACGUCGUUGUCCAUCCGUCACUGACUGAGCGCUGUGUGAAGGGACACCGACUUUUUGAACAUUAUAUAACCAGGCUAACAACCCUCGCUAUUGAAUGGAUCUUGCAGGAGUGUGGAGUAAGGCUAAAUGCACGGGACUGUAAGCUUAUUAAAGGGACGAAAUACUAUAGUUGCACAAAACGGGACGUCAAGCAAAUGAUUUCAGAGUUGAUGAGAUCAAUGGAUACACAGUUGAAGAACGAGUCAACAAAGACAGACUCAGAAUCGGAUUUGCUAGGGGACAAACUUAAGGUAAACACCAAUAGAAAGGAUGCGGAGAAUAGCCGACCACCCCUUGUUACAGAAAUGCCUGCAAGUAGUGGAAUUCAGAAAGGUUUCCUUAGCAAGGCCAGGCUAUAUGGAGACAAGGGAAGUGGUGAGUGUAACGAAUCUCAAUCCGAUCCACUUCUUCAUCUCCCUGAGAACCUUAGAAAGAAAUGUCAAAUUGUUGAUCUUCGGCAAAGUAGUUGCACGCCACAAGAACCGGGAAAGGCCGGUCUAAUCUCCAAAUGUGAUGAAGUGCUCAAAAAUACUCCUACUGUCCCUACAAAGCCACUCCACGAAUGGAAGGUUAUUUCUUUGAGUUGCGAUGAAACGGCGGUUGUUGUACGACUACAUCCACCGCCGGGCGUAACAUCAAUGAAGUCGGUAAACCUGGAGGUAACGCCGGGCACUAUAGAAAUUGACGAAACUGUUGUUAACCUACCGAAAUCCAUACGCGUGGGUGAAGUAUCGGCGAAAUUUUUGAAAUCUUCGAGCAGCUUAAUUCUGACGUGUCCGAUAGCUUAG